AUGGUGUCACCAAUCAUACCCUUGUCACUUUUAGUGCUCCUUUUAUCAGUUUCAUUUGCUAAUUCAGCUUCACUGCAAGAAAGUUUUGUCCAAUGUCUCAACUUGAAUUCCGACUCACCAUUUGCAUUUGCUUCAUCAAUUUACACUCCAAGCAACCCUUCAUUCACCAGCAUCCUUGACUCCUCCGCACAGAAUCUAAGGUGUUUGGUGCCUUCAGCACCGAAACCUGAGUUCAUAUUCACACCCUCCCGGGAUUCCCAUGUCCAAGCAGCGGUAAUUUGCUCUAAGAAACUUGGGAUACACUUUAUUGUGCGAAGUGGAGGGCAUGACUAUGAGGGAAUCUCGUAUGUUUCUGAAAUUGAGAGCCCCUUCAUAAUUGUUGACUUGGUCAAGCUCCGUGGCAUCAAUGUUGAUAUCAAAAGCAACACUGCUUGGGUUCAAGCUGGUGCCACAACUGGUGAACUGUACUACAGAAUAUAUGAGAAGAGUUCAGUUCAUGGUUUCCCUGCAGGCCUUUGCACAAGCUUAGGUAUUGGAGGGCACAUAACAGGAGGAGCAUAUGGAACCAUGAUGAGAAAGUAUGGACUUGGGGUGGACAAUGUCCUAGAUGCUAAAAUUGUUGAUGCCAAUGGCAGAAUUCUUGACAGGGAAGCCAUGGGGGAAGACCUAUUUUGGGCGAUAAGAGGAGGUGGAGGUGGAAGCUUUGGCAUCCUUCUUUGGUGGAAGGUGAAGUUGGUUCCUGUGCCACCAACUGUGACAGUUUUUACAGUUACCAAAAGCCUUGAGCAAGGUGCAACCAAGAUUCUUCAUAGGUGGCAGGACGUGGCUCCCUUUAUUGAUGAAAACCUCUUCAUCAGAGUCAUCAUUCAGCCAUUCAGUGCUGGAAAUAAGACUCAGAGGACUAUAACAACUUCUUACAAUGCUCUCUUCCUUGGUGGGGCCAGGACACUCCUCCAAGUCAUGAAGACAAGCUUCCCUGAGUUGGGUUUGACAAUAAAGGAUUGCUUGGAAACUAGCUGGAUCAAAUCUGUCCUCUAUAUUGCAGGCUUUCCAAGUGACACCCCUCCUGAAGUACUGCUUAAAGGAAAGUCCACAUUCAAGAACUUCUUUAAGGCCAAAUCAGAUUUUGUGAGAGAACCAAUACCAGAAACCGGGCUUGAUGGGCUGUGGCAAAGGUUGCUGAUAGAAGAUGCCCCCUUGAUGAUUUGGAAUCCAUACGGUGGAAAGAUGAGCCAGUUUGCAGAAUCUGAUACCCCAUUUCCUCACAGAAAUGGAACACUAUACAAAAUUCAGUACCUGUCUUUGUGGCAAGAGGGAGACAAGAAUGCUGCAAAGCACAUAGAUUGGAUUAGGAGGCUUUACAACUACAUGGGACCUUAUGUUUCUAGCUUGCCAAGAGAAGCAUAUGUGAAUUACCGGGAUCUUGAUUUGGGAGUGAACACCAAGAACAGCACAAGCUACAUUCAGGCAAGUUCUUGGGGCUAUAGGUAUUUCAAGAACAACUUCGACAGGUUGGUGAAGAUUAAGACUAAAGUGGAUCCUGAAAACGUCUUCAGGCAUGAGCAAAGUAUCCCACCACUUCCACUCUGA